GCCCCUGCCGGCUCCAGCGCGGCGCCCGGCGCUCUUCGCUCUCGUUCGGCUCUCCGCGAUCCUUCGCCUUCGCCAUGGAGCCGGCCGCGGGCAGCGAACGCCGUAGAACCCCGGGCCCCGCCGUGCCACCGCCACCCCGCGGCCCCCCACCCUUGGCCGCCACACCCGGCCCCGGCCCCCUGGGCUCUCCCGCGCGGGAGCCACCGCAGUCCGAGGACGAGCGGCAGCUGCGGAUCAGCGAGAGCGGCCAGUUCAGCGACGGGCUGGAGGACCGAGGCUUACUAGAAAGCAGCACUCGACUAAAACCCCAUGAAGCCCAGAACUACAGAAAGAAGGCGUUGUGGGUCUCCUGGUUCUCCAUUAUUGUCACACUGGCCCUGGCUGUAGCUGCCUUUACUGUCUCCGUUAUGAGGUACAGCGCCUCUGCUUUUGGGUUUGCAUUUGAUGCCAUCCUCGAUGUCCUGUCAUCGGCAAUUGUGCUGUGGCGUUACAGCAACGCGGCUGCUGUACAUUCUGCCCAUAGGGAAUACAUAGCCUGUGUCAUCUUGGGGGUGAUAUUCCUUCUGUCAUCCAUAUGUAUAGUGGUCAAAGCCAUCCAUGACCUCUCAACAAGGCUGCUACCAGAAGUGGAUGAUUUCCUGUUCAGCGUCUCCAUUUUAAGUGGGAUCCUAUGCAGUGUUCUUGCUGUGUUAAAGUUCAUGCUGGGGAAGGUCCUGACCAGCAGAGCACUCAUAACAGAUGGAUUUAACUCCCUUGUGGGUGGUGUCAUGGGCUUCUCCAUUCUCCUGAGUGCAGAGGUAUUCAAGCAUAACACAGCAGUCUGGUACCUGGAUGGAAGCAUUGGUGUGCUCAUUGGCCUCACCAUAUUCGCCUACGGAGUCAAACUCCUCAUGGACAUGGUGCCCAGGGUGAGGCAGACACGUCACUAUGAGAUGUUCGAGUGAGCAGCCCAGCAUCGCAGAGAACCUGUCAUGAUGGCAGGAGGCUCCCACACUGGCAGAUGGUGCCAAUGUUUGAUGAACAUCAAGCUUUUUAUUUUAUUUUAUUUUUUUCCUUUGGGAAAGUUUAUGAUCCUGGGCAUAAGGUCUGCUUAGCAGGUGGGUCUGCAUUGCUCCCCUGAUCUCCCAUCAGACACAGAACAAUGCAUGGCAAAGAGACACACUUCCUGUCUUCAGGCGGAAAUGACAUCAUCUUUCUGGAGAUCAUGAGUUUCCAUUGGGGCAGAUGAGAGGCCUGCACUGCAGCUCACGGCUGAGAUAGAUGGACACUGACCAGACCCACCUCAUGGCAAAUAUAAGGAAAGGUGACCUUGUGUCCCUGGGGCCCCUUUUCCAUACUCAGAACCAUCAGUAUAU